AGUUACUGUACUACAUUUGACAUCAACUCUACCAUGACAGAAACCGUCAUUCCAGCCGCUCCGGCACCAGUCGUCGCAUCGCCUGCUGCGAAGAAGUCUCCGGCCAAGAAGAAGUCCGGUGCUGCUAAAGCAAAGAAGCCCGCUGCGUCUCACCCGACCACUUCCGUGAUGGUCACGUCUGCCAUCAAGGAACUCAAGGAGAAAAAAGGUUCCUCUUUGCCGGCUAUCAAGAAAUAUUUGGCUGCCAACUACAAAGUCGAUCCAGCCAAGCUGGCGCCGUUCAUCAGGAAAUUUUUGAAAGCCGCCGUCGCCAACGGUACAGUCGUGCAGACCAAAGGCACCGGCGCCUCUGGUCACUUCAAAUUACCGGUUGCCGAGGUUAAACCGAAAAAGGCAGCUGUAGUCAAGAAGAAGAAACCAGUCGUCAAAAAAGUCAAAGCCCCUGGUGCCGUGAAGAGAAAGUCGACGUCUGCUAAGAAGGUGAAGCCCGCUUCCGGCGAACCGGCAGCCAAAAAAGUCAAAAAGGCCGUCGCCGCUAAACCUAAGGCUGCCAAACCGAAGAAAUCCCCGGCCAAAGCGAAAAAACCUGCUGGAGCUGUCAAACCCAAAGCGAAGAAGACUCCUACCAAGAAAACAGCAGCACCCAAAAAGAAGUAAACUGUGGUCAAUCGAUCACACGCUCAUUUCUCCUCAACCGUUAAAACGGUCCUUUUCAG